CUCCUUUCUCCUUCAAACUCCCUCUUCUCUCUCUCUCUCCCACACAGAGUUACAAACAAACCCUCAUUAGAUUCAUCUCUUCAUCAUGAAGCGCAACUGCAAUUUGGAGCUUCGCCUCGUCACGCCUUCCAUGUUGGAUUUGAACGACGAGAGUUCGAACAAAAAGCAGCAGCUGACAAUUUUCUACAAUGGAAAAAUGGCUUGUUGUGAUGCAACGGAGCUUCAGGCGAGAGCGAUCAUAUCGCUGGCGAGCCGAGAAACGGAGGAAAAAUCGAGCAAGAAUUUUCCGGCGAUGAAUUCGCCGGUGUAUAGUGCGGCGACCGGGCUGUCGAUGAAGAGGUCGCUGCAGAGAUUUCUGGAGAAGAGAAAGAGUAGGGCUCAAGCGAUAUCGCCAUACUCGAUUACACAAUAGAGUUUUUUAGUUGAUUAAUUAAUGAUUGAGUAUUAAUUAGAUUAUGAGUUGUUUUUUUUAUAUAAAAAAAACGUCCUUUGUGGGCGGGAGGUUUAGGCAGACCUCCAACCCGUAAAUAAGAUCAAAAUGUAAUGUUCCAAAAACAUGAUCUUAGCCCAAAAGUGACUAAGAUCUAAACAACAACAUGAAGAUGCAAAAUAGAGGUCCCACGAGUCGAGAUCCUCCGUACUAUCAAGUGGAAAAAAAACCGACUAAAUAUAUAAGAUGAAGCAAAGAAAAACUAUCAAAACCAACCACCAAAGAAGCUGGGUCAAACCACAUCUCUACGUCGGAAACGGAAGUUAUGAUAUCCCAUGAGUUGGUUUAUUAUUAAUCAGAUGCAUAUUAAGGGAAUUGUUGUUGUAUUGGGUUUGAGAUGUUUAGCCAUGUUUGAUGAAAUGAAGUAUAAUUAAUUAAUGCAAA